AUGUUGUCUAGAGCCCUCCUGCGCGCGGCGCAAUCCCCGGCCACCCGUGGGCUGAUGGCCUCGAGGGUCGCCGUGCCCGUCUCCAUGGUCCAGCUGCGUGGCAUGGCCAAGAACCGAAACAGACAGCCCGACCAGCGACAACAGCCGGCCGCCUCGCAGCCCCAGCCCCAGUCCCAGUCCCAGUCUCAACCGCAGUCUUCCGAGCCCGCCGCCUCGAGUUCCGAACCCGCAGACCCCGUCUCCAAGGCCGAGGCUGCUCAGACCCCCGAGACCCCCGACGGCACACAAAAGCCUUUCAACCUGCCCGACUUGACCCAGGGCAUCCCCUCGACCCUCGAGUACGAGCAGGCCGGCGCCACCAACAAGAGUGCCCUGUCCGAGCUCGAGCAAGAGCCCGAGGCCGGCGGUGGCAAGCACAAGGGCGAGCUGCCCGCCUCUGCCUACGUCUCCUCCACCGAGAAGCGCCGGAACCGAUGGGCCAACCGCAUGUACCUGUCCGCCCUGGUCUUGGGCAUUGGCAGCGUUGCCUGGCUGGGCCGUGACUGGGACGAGGACGAGGCUGCCGUGCACAAGGAUAUCCCCAACGGCUGGACUCCCGGCUUGUGGUGGACGCGUGCGCGCGCCAGACUCAACGACAGCCUGAGCUACUACCACGAGCCAGCCUUUGAGAAGCUGCUGCCCGAUCCCGACCCCAUGUUCGAGCGCCCCUACACGCUCUGCAUCAGCUUGGAGGACAUGCUCGUGCACAGCGAAUGGACGAGAGAACACGGCUGGAGGCUUGCAAAGCGACCGGGCGCCGACUACUUCCUCCACUACCUCAGCCAGUACUAUGAGCUGGUGCUCUUCACCACCGUGCCCUUCGCCAUGGGCGAGCCCCUGGUUCGGAAGCUCGACCCCUUCCGGUUCAUCGUCUGGCCGCUGUUCCGCGAGGCCACCAAGUACGAAGAUGGCCAGAUUGUGAAAGACCUCUCCUACCUCAACCGUGAUCUGUCCAAGGUCAUCAUGGUUGACACGAGCGCCGAGCACCUGCGCCACCAACCCGAGAACGCCAUCAUCCUCCCCAAGUGGACUGGCGACCCCAAGGACACGAACCUUGUCUCGCUGAUUCCCUUCCUCGAGUACGUCCACACUAUGCAGUACAAGGACGUCCGCGAGGUCUUGAAGUCCUUUGAUGGCAAGGACAUCCCCACCGAGUUCGCACGCCGUGAGGCCAUUGCCCGGGCCGAGUUCAACAAGCAGUACAGCGCCCAGAAGCGGAAACACGCCUCCGGAAUCGGCGGCCUGGCCGGCAUGUUGGGCCUCAAGCCAUCCAACAUGAGCAUGAUGGUCGCUCCCGAAGGCGAGCAGAGCCCCAGCGAAGCGUUCGCCCAGGGCAAGAUGCUUCAGGACAUCGCCAGAGAACGCGGCCAGCGCAAUUACGAAAUGAUGGAGGAGGAGAUCCGCAAGAACGGCGAGAAGUGGCUGAAGGAGGAGCAGGCUGCCCAGGAGCAGAUGCAGGCGGAGGCCAUGGCGGGCAUGAAGACCUCGUUGACCGGCUGGUUUAAGAAGGACUAG